AUGGCUGACUACUUCUUUGACGACUACGUGGCGCCCGAGGCGGGCAAGGGGAAGAGCAAGAGCAAGAGCAAGCGCAAAGGGAAGGGGAGGGGCAAGGACCCGGGCAAGGUCACCGCAGGCGCAAGAGCAGACGCCGACAGUAGUUGGGCCGCCGCAGCAACAGCUGGUAAGGGUAAGGGUAAGGCCAAGGGUAAGGCCAAGGCCAAGGCGAGCACAUCUUCAGAGUCCCGCAUCCAGGCGCAGCCGCCAUCGCGCAGAGCCAGCUCGCGCGCGGGGGGCUCACGCGGCAGCUCGCGGGCAGAGUCGCGGCGAUCUGCAAAACACGGCUCAAACAAGUCCGGCGGGCGCGACUCGCCGCCGCGCGACGGACGUGACUGGCGGCGGGAGAGCCGAGACAGCGCUGAGAGCGAGGAGGCGCCGGCGGCGCGACGGCAGCGCGGUCCGGUCACCUCGGUCUCGCGCGAGUCUGUCGCCGAUGAGCCGCUGCGGUUUGUACUUUCGCGGGCGCCGCCGCCGCCGCGGCCGGCUUCGACCCAUACGUUUGCGCCGCCGGUCGGUGAGCCCGAGCCCGCAUCUGUGGAUCCCAAGGCGACUGACGCCGAGAUCCGCGGUGGGCUGAGUCUUGCGCUCGAAAUCCGCCGCGCGGCAACCGCCGCGCUUGAUGCUGCGCUUCUGGACGACGCUGCUAACGUCGAAAAGUCUGAGCUCGACAUCUUUGUUCAGCGCUCGUUUGUCGAGUUUCGGACCGAGACAACCGAGGGCAAGAGCCUCAUGGCUCAGCUGAAGAACAAGCGCAAGCUGUUCAAAGUCCAGGUCGCACGCCGCGCGUUGGCGUGGCGCAUGCCGCCGCGCGACCUCGCCGCCGAGGUGGAGGCUGUCAACCUUGGCAAGCUCCGCCUCGGUGCCGACGACGCUGACACCGCUGCCAUGCGCGAGCUGGCCUUUCUCCAGCGCGCUGUCGCUCUACACGAGGACAAGAUCCUGUCGCGCUUCUGCCGCUGGCUUGUCGGGGCCAAGGAGCGCCGCGUCUCGGUCGCACGCGUCGUCUCCAUCGUCGGUCCGCUCGUCCGCUCGGUUCCGCCCGAGCUAGUCUCGGUCUCUCUCGCAUCACCUCUCUUUGCCCGCUCGCGGACCGGCCUCAAGGGCGCGGACGAGGCCUUCGCUGCAAAAAAAGCUCGCGAAGAAGAGGAGGCCAAGGCGUGUACGUUCAAGCCGGCCAUCUCGGACAAAUCGCGCGAGAUAGCUCGCAUCCGUGCCGCCGCGCCGACUGGCGACGCUCCGGCCCGCGUCGCACCCGCUGCCUCCAUCUUUGAUCGUCUCUACCCGGGCUCGGCCGUCGCGACAGGCAGCUCGUCGCGCGAGCUGCUCGCCAUGACGCCAAAGGCACUGCGUGGUAUGUCCAAGCUCCAGCUCGCCGACAUGCUCUCGUUCUUGCGGCGUGCGCUCGACAAGCGCCGCCACAGGCGCGAGCAUCUCGAGCACCUCGUUCUCGUCAAGUCGGAGGCCCGCAAGCAUGGCGCUGAGCUGGCCAAACUCCGCGACGAGUGCGACCAUGUCACAAAGCUUGUCGCCGUCGCCGAGGACCUCUACUCGUCGCGCUCGCCUAUGAGCAAAUCUGCACCUGGCGCCGACCCCGCCUCUCGUGUCCGCCCGCACCACCCGGCGCCCGAAAUCACCAUCCAGCCGCAGCUCGCGCCCGAAGACGACUACACCGACUGCUCGUCUUCGGACUCGGCCGGGCCCGAGCCCGAGCCGUGGAAGCCUGAGCCAUGGCGGCCCGACUCGCGCUAUGAGGGCAUUCUCGAUCCAGCCCGCGUCCAUCCGCGCCACGCUCGUCGAGACGAUGAUGCGUAUGAGAGGGACAGCGGUGCCUAUUAUGAGGGCGACGGCGCGUAUUAUGAGGACGACGAAGGCGCGUAUUAUGAGGACGACGAAGGCGCGUACGGCGAGGACGACGAAGGCGCGUACGGCGAGGACGACGAAGGCGCGUACGGCGAGGACGAUGAAGGCGUGUAUUAUGAGGACAAAGGCGCGUACGGCGAGGACGACGGCGACUCUGGCAACCACUACAAAGAUGCGGGGUAUGGCGACGACGGCGAGCGCUAUGACGACGAGCGCUACGAGUACGACGACCCCUACUACAACAGCGACCAGGGCUACGACAGCAACCACGACGUUGACGCCGAGGCUGGUGUCUACUAUGACGACGGCGAUGACGAUGGCAGCUACUACGGCGACGACGAGCGCCCAGGCCCGGGAAGGCUGUCGGUGCACGUGCGGCCCGACCUCCCGUCGCCCGCCCAAGCCCUCGGCGAGUUUCGUCACAUUCCGGCGCCGUCGCGACGAUCGCCGUCGACGCAGCACUCGCCACAACCUCCUGGUUACGACCACACCUCGCCGCCGCUCAAUCGCCAUGCCGUCGUUCCGCCCAUUCCGCAUAGACGUGGCUACUGA